CUUCAUCUGGGUUGAAUUUUCUGCUGUUCCCAAGAAACUUUAAGGAUUCAUGGUGACCCUGACCAUAAUAAAGCUGUUACUAAAAGGACAAUGGAUGAAUGUAUCUUCAUGAGAUCUGUGAAUGCAACAGUAAAAGAGGUGGUGCUAAAAUGUUUUGGCCGGACCGAGAAAAGUCACACACUUGCUUAGUGACAGGUUACAGUAAAGCUGAUUCACCCAUGGAGUACAAGAUGGACCACAAGAGGCGAGGCAAUGCACUAAUCUUCAACCAGAAAAACUUUCAAAGUAAUUCAAAUACACGUUAUGGCACAGAUAAAGACAGAGACAACCUCAAAAGAAGUUUUCUGGACUUAGGAUUUAAUGUUAACGUUUACAAUGACAAACAUAAGAAGAACGUGCUACAAGAGUUACAUAAAGCUGCUGAGAUGGACCACACAGAUGCCGACUGCUUUGUCUGCAUUUUCCUGACUCAUGGGGAAGAAGGGCAAAUUUCUGCCCAUGAUGAUAUGAUCAAGAUCAAGGAAAUAACUGAUCUCUUCAGAGGAGAUCAGUGCAAAAGUCUUGUAGGGAAGCCCAAGAUCUUCAUCUUCCAGGCAUGUGCUGGUAAAAGGUAUGAGACUCCUGUGACUGGCAUGGCAGGAGAGUUUUCUGAUGAUGAGGAUGAUAAUGAGGUGGAGGAAGCAGCUAACAUCUACACCAUCCCAGCAGGGGCAGAUUUCCUCAUGUGUUACUCUUCAGCAAUGGGAUUCUAUUCCAUUCGCAAUAAGGAAUCAGGAUCAUACUGUAUUCAGGACUUAUGUGAAACACUGCAAAAGCAUGGCUCAACCCUGGAGAUCACUGAGCUCUUGACGAUGGUCAACCUGAAGGUUUCCCAACGUGACAUGUACCCAGAAGGUGGAGAAGAGAAAAAAAAACAGAUGCCCUGUUUCACCUCCAUGCUGACUAAAAAACUCUACUUUAAGUAGAAGAACAAGUACAAAACAAGUCCCAGUGCAUUAUGACUACUCACUUACCAAUAAACAAAGACACUGAGUAAAUGUAA